AUGCUCAAAUACAUCGUUCUGUUUAUUGGCAUCCAGGUGCUGGUUUACAAUGCAGUGGUCGCAGAAGAAGCAGAAGGAGGAAGUUCAGGCCAAGUCGUUAGUGGUACAGACACCAAUUUUGACGAUUCAGCGGACGGUGGUAGCCGAAGCGUCAAAGGAGACACAGAUGGCGAUUCAAGCGACAGUAGUCGUGGUCAAGAAGGCGGUGACAGUGAUCUGAAAAGCGAUGACAUCCCGGAGGCUAGUGAUGCAGAAUUAGACGAUUCUUUUUACGAACAAAUAAGCCCUAUCGUGGGAGAACGUGAGACAGGGAUCAACGUCAAUAGGGAUUAUGAUACUGAACAAAGGAAAGCCCACUUUGAACGAGAACAAAAAGAAUGGUUGCGAUUAAAACCAAAAUGGGAAGAAAAACGAGCGAGAAAAGCAGCGCUAAGAGGGUCUGAAGGAAAGUAA